GUGGAACUGUCUCUGUUUCUGUAAACAACUUCGAUCGCACCCCUGUAGCCCUGAUGCUGAUAUCUUUGCUCCACUCCUCUCGUUUCAAUGCCUUCUCCGUCCAUGUGCCCUGGUAGGUGAUGGACCGGGAGCAGCCGGUGCAGCUGAGUGACGAAGAGGUUGUAGUGAUACGUGACCCCAGACACAGGAGGAGGAAGAAGCCCAUCUGCCCUCUGUCCCACACGACCAUGGACCAAGUGUGCGUGGAGUUUGUACUGCCCACAGCGGCACGCGGAGGGAGCAGUCCUGACACUCUGCAGAUUCAGGUGGCUGGCAACUGGACUGUGGAGCAGGUUAAAGCCCAGGUGUGGUUGAAAGCAGUGACAUCAAAUCUCUGUCCGGAGUUUUACCAGAGGUUUUCUCCAGACCACUGCAUCCUCCUGUAUCAGAAGAAAGGCACUGUGUGUGAGAUCUACGACAAACACCAAGUUUUCCAAACCCUGGACUGCAUUCGCUACUGGAGAGCUUUGAAGAAAGACGUUGGACGUAUCCAGAUGGUACAGCGGCCACAGCCCACAGACCAAUCGAUCCAGUACCAACGCUAUCUGAACCAGCUGAUGGGCUAUGACGUCACCGAUGUGAGUAACGUGCACGAUGACGAGCUGGAGUUCACACGGAGGAAACUGCUGACGCCACGCAGGAUCGAGCUGAACGACAGGGACCCCCGCCUCUACUGCAUGGACCCCUGGGUCACCUGCAAACCACUACCCCAACACCUCCUCAGCAAGGUCAGUAACGGCUUUAUCCUGGUGGUCAUUCACAUCCGAACUGUCAGCCAAACUAUUAAAGUCUCUAUUGACGACACACCAGAGCAGGUACUUUCCAGCUUUUUUGCCAAGACUGCAAACAAAAAAGCUCUGUUGGGCAUCCCAGAAAACAUGAGUGAAAAUGACUAUGUGUUACGUGUUUGUGGAAGGGAGGAGUUUCUGUAUGGAGACAAACCUCUGCAGAACUUUAACUGGAUUCGACAGAGUUUGAAAAACGGAGAAGAAAUCCAUCUGGUUUUAGAGAUGCCCCCAGAACCAGACCUGGAUGUGGUCCAAAAAGAGGAUUGGGCACAAGUGGACGACUGCACUGGCGUUGCAGGCACCCAUGAGCAACUGACCAUCGAUGAGAAGGACCAUGAGCGGGUCUUUACCAUCUCCAUGUGGGACUGUAACAGGAAAUUUAGGGUGAAGAUUCUGGGCCUCGACAUUCCUACUCUGCCCAAAACCUCCGAGCUCAUCGUUUACAUUGAGGCUAGCAUCUUUCAUGGACAGCAGCUCCUCGCUCAGGAAAGAACAACUUCAAAGCCAUUCACAGAGGAAGUUUUGUGGAAUUGCUGGUUGGAGUUCAGUAUUAAAAUCAAGGACUUGCCUAAAGGGGCACGUCUAAACCUCCAGGUUGUGUGCGGGAAACAAAUCCAGACCCCAAACUCCAAGACUGGCUCCUCUUACCAAGACAAUACAUCUGACACAGCCAGCCGUGAAGGAAAGUCCAAGAAUCGUCUGCUGUACUACGUGAACCUGCUUCUGAUCGACCACCGCUCUCUGCUGCGCCAGGGCGAGUUCAUCCUUCACAUGUGGAAGAUGCCCGAGAAGAACGAGGAGAGCAGCAGUAGCAUUAACGCAGACAAGCUAACCUCCGCUACCAACCCCGAUAAAGCUUCAUCUAUGGCCAUUGCAAUACUGCUUGACAAGUACUGUUACCCCGUAGCACUGCCCAAGAGUCGAGACAUGGGCAAAGAUUUGGCACGUGAUGUUGGGGGAGGAGAAGAGGGGGAGGGAGGGGUCAGAGGGCAGAGGGAGAUGCCUAAUCAUCUCAGGAAACAGUUUGAGGCUAUAGUGAGCACAGACCCCCUACACCCACUGAGUCCAGAAGACAAGGAGCUCUUAUGGCACUUCAGACAUGAGUGCAUGAAGCAUCCCAGGGCAUACCCAAAGCUGCUGGGCUCAGUCCGGUGGGGUAAACAAGAGGACGUUUUGGCAACACAUAGACUGCUGGAGCGCAGCAGUGCAUGGGACUCAAGUGGUCUGGACGUAGGACUGGCCAUGCAGCUGCUGGACUGUCACUACUCGGACGCUCAGGUUCGCUCUAUGGCUGUGAGGAAACUGGAGACACUGGAGGAUGAUGACGUGCUCCGAUAUCUGCUACAGCUUGUACAGGCUGUGAAGUUUGAGCCCUACCAUGACAGUGCACUGGUCAGAUUUCUACUGAAAAGAGCUCUGAGGAGUAAGCGUAUUGGACAUUUCCUGUUCUGGUUCCUGCGCAGUGAGAUCGCUCAGUCCAUGCACUAUCAGCAGAGGUACGCUGUGCUGCUGGAGGCCUAUCUCAGGGGCUGUGGGGAGGCCAUGCUGCUCGACUUCAGGAAGCAGGUGGAGAUGACGGAGGCUUUGCAGAAAGUGGCUCGUGAGGUUAAGGCCAUGUCAGCAGACAAGUAUGAUAUCACCGCUCAAGUGGUGUUUCAGCUGCGUCAGAAACUGGAGGCGCUGCAGUCGUCCGGGUUACCAGAAAGUUUCAGAGUGCCCUAUGACCCAGGGCUGAGGGCCGGAGCGUUACUGAUUGAACAGUGUAAAGUGAUGGCGUCUAAGAAGAAGCCGUUGUGGUUACAAUUCAAAAGAGCUGACCCCACCACUCUGUGUAAAGACCCCAUCGGGAUCAUAUUUAAGGAUGGGGACGACCUCAGACAGGACAUGCUCAUUUUGCAGAUUCUGCGGAUCAUGGAGUCCAUCUGGGAAACCGAGUCCCUGGAUCUUUGCUUGUUGCCAUACGGCUGUAUCUCCAGCGGCAACAGGAUAGGGAUGAUCGAGAUUGUGAAAGAUGCCACAACAAUCGCCAACAUCCAGCAGAGUGUGGUGGGCAGCACAGGGGCUUUUAAAGAUGAGAUCCUGUACCAGUGGCUCAGGGACAAGUGUGUCAGUGAGGACAAGUUCCAACAGGCCGUGGAGAAGUUCCUUUUCUCAUGUGGAGGAUACUGUGUGGCCACUUAUGUCCUUGGUAUCGGAGACCGCCAUAACGACAACAUCAUGAUCACAGAGUCAGGAAACCUCUUUCAUAUCGACUUUGGUCACAUCCUGGGAAACUACAAGAGCUUCAUGGGCAUUAGUAAAGAGUGGGUGCCAUUUGUGCUCACUCCAGACUUCCUUUACGUGAUGGGAACGUCAGGGAAGAAGAGCAGCGCAAACUUCCAGAAAUUUCAGGAUGUGUGCGUAAAGGCCUAUCUCGCUCUUCGACAUCACACAAACCUCCUGAUCAUCCUCUUCUCCAUGAUGCUUAUGACAGGAAUGCCCCAGCUGACCAGUAAAGAGGACAUCGAGUACAUCAGGGAGGCGCUGACCGUGGGCCGUAGUGAGGACGAGGCACAGCGCCACCUGCUGGACCAAAUCGAGAUCUGCAGAGAAAAGGGCUGGAUGGUUCAGAUCAACUGGUUUGUUCACCUGGUGCUGGGCAUAAAGCAGGGAGUGGAAAAACGAUCUACUUAGGAUUCACUGUCAAAAACAAGUAUGCAAGGUCCAAGUUUGUUGUUUUUAUCUGUUCUUUUAAGUUACAAUAAUGAUGACUGCUGACCUUAAUGCAUUAACAUCCUAAAUAUAAUGUAAAUAAUUUACCACAAUGCAUACUGUAUGCUACUGCAAUUGUGCUAAUUCUGCUAAGCUACUGUUACCAGUUCUCUCUGAGACUUUUUCACAGUUUAUUGGAAUGUCUCUAUAAAACUCAGGAUGAUGAAUCUAUUUGAAAACAUGCACUGUACAUUUCUAAUACAUUUAAAAUCCUCUGAACAUAUUUUGUUAAAAGUAUAACAUUAAUGUUAUGUCCUAUUUGACAAAGCCUGACUGUAUUGUUGUCAAAUUGUAUGCUAUUUAUUGAUGCAAAAAACAAGGAAAGUCUUAAACUGUAGUAAGAGAAGUAAGACACUGGACCUUAACGCAAAAUAUAUAAUUAAAAAAUGUAGAUUUAGCUACAUUGUAUUGGCAUAGACCUUACCAUGUUACAUUAGCACCUGCUGGUCAGUGCUUUUUAUGUUUACACUGUUGUGUCACUGAAAGUACUGAAGCUUUUAAAAUGUUUUAUUAUGUAAAAGCGGUUUAAGGUCAUGAUUUUGAUCCAAGUUAAUUAUAACCAAGUUGAAACCUGCUGAAAUGAUUUGAUAUGUUUUCUGUGGUAGCUGUUGUUUAUGAAAUUUAUCAACCCAAGUCAUAGAUUGAACAACAUCUGUGAACCGUUUUCAAUAUACAUUUCAUUUGAAUAAAUCCAAUUGCAAUAAACUCACUGUACAUGCUCA